AUGGGGCUUCCACUCAUCAAUAAGAUCAAAGCCGCAAUCUUUCCUCAUCAAUUCUUGCUACAAUCUGAGCGGGAUGAUGGACAAGUGGGUAUCCUCAAAAGGGAUCAGGUGACGGCACGCCAAUGCCUCAUCAACACCUUAAAGCGAGGAGCUUCCAUCACCCCCUCCAAAAGAGAAAGGGAAGAAGAGUCCCCGAUUGUCAUGAGCGUGUAUCUAGAGAACCCUAACACGCACGAAAGGCCUCACCCCAUAGAGCGAUACGAGGUAGACAUGUUCGAAGGAAAACGCAUCAACAUAGGGAAAGAUCUUCCUGGCCCGGUCAAACAGCAUAUCAUGGCCACCCUCGCCGAGUUCCGCGACGUCUUUGCUUUAUGCCUGGCAUCCCUACAAGAUUCAUCAGAGAAUGAAAAUACUCCGAUUGGCUCUCCAACGUUGUUCUCGUCAAGAAACCAAAUGGAAAGUGGAGGAUGUGUUGAUUUUACGGAUCUAAACAAGGCAUGCCCCAAGGACGAUUAUCCUCUCCCCAAGAUAGAUCAUUUGGUGGAUUCCACGACAGGCCACGGCCUACUGAGUUUCAUGGAUGCUAACGCAGGUUACCAUCAAAUCCCGUUAGCCCUUGAAGAUCAGACGCACACAGCAUUCAUUACAAACACCGGCGUGUAA